AUGUCUCAACCUCGAAUUUCAAAUGAACAAAAUCCUCCUCGUCGUAGUGACUUCAAAGGAUUGAUGGAAAACUUGGAAGAGAAUUAUAACAAGUUGAAUCUGGAAAAUCAAAAAUUAAACAAAAAAAUUUCUAGCUUAGACGAAGAAAUAGUCCAGUACAAAGAGAAAAUUGGAACUUUGGAGACAGAAAACUUUACAUAUAAAAAUGAGUUGGUCAGAUACCAACAUGAAAUUGAGCCAAAGUACAAUAAAAAAAUUAAAAAUAUGGAAAUACAAUAUAACAAUAAUAUGGCUAAAUACAAACAAGAAGUUGAGGCAUUUUACAAUAAUAUAAUUGCAGGUUUGAAGGCAGAAGCAGAAAAUUCCAACAGAGUUUUGAUUGAAGCUAUAGAGAGAUUAAACAGAAGAUUAGAAAAUCCAAAUUUAUUUAAUCAGCCUAUUUUAGGUGAUGGUCUGUCGAAUAAUUAUUCAAGUGAGGAGGACACAGUUCAACUUUCAACUGAUAUAAAUUCUUUACAGUGUAAAAUUAAGGACUAUGUUACUACUUUAAAAGGUGAUAUAAAAAUUGAUAAUGAUAAAAUUCAAGGAUUAUAUGGAAAAUAUAAUUUAGAUACUCAAAAUCUAACAGAUAAAAUUUUGAUGAAAGCAGUUUUACAACGUUAUGUUUUAGAAAAUGGUUUUAAAUUUGUAAAUGAUUAUCUUGAAAUUAAAGAUGAUGAUGAUCCCAAUAGAUAUCGUUAUAUCAAAGAUGAUGAUAAAAGAAAAACUGCAGAAAAUAUAGCAGAAAAUUUUAUCAAAGAUAUUGUUAGAAUAUUUAAAUUUCGUUUGUUAAUUCAAGAACCAAAAUGUGAAGUACACUGGUUAAAAAAUAAUGCAAAAAUAGUUAUGAACCAUCAAUGGGAUGGUGAUUAUCCAGAUGAUUAUAUCAUGGGUAUUUGUUAUUUUCCCUUAACUGGGAUAGAAUCAGAUGAAGUUUAUGUUCAACCAAACAGUUAUCCACCACCACUUCCUCCAAAACCUUUAAUUGUAAACUCACCAAGAAAUCCAAUUGAGAAACCAUCACCUGUACCACAAAUUCCCAGUUCCGAUGAUUUAAGAAACAAAAAAAUAGUUGAUUAUACCAGAGGAGCCCGACCUU